AGCUCCCAUUUUCAGUCACACCCAUUGAGAGUGUGAGAGCCAAUCUACCAUGAUGAAGAGACAUCAAGCAAAGAGCAACACUACUAUUUAUACUACCGUUGACAACGCGGAAGAACCCUCCAUCAUGCCCGACUCUACCAAAACAACUGUCCAUAUGCGGCAAUCGCUGAAUGAACUCCAUUCGAAGCUCAUGUGUCCGUUAUGCCAACAGCUUUUGAAAAAUCCAUCAACCUUGUCUUGUGCCCACACAUUUUGUUGGAAGUGCAUUGAAUCAUUCAGCUGUAACAAUAAUAUCUGUCCCGUGAAAGAUUGUUGCCUCCCGCUGGCAAUGACGGGCUCUCGAAAGGGUUCCUUUCUGAAAACCAAUCCAUCACUGGAAACUGUACUCUCCAGUCUUCAGACGAUUUGCCAGGCACUUGACAAAGCACCAUCGCAAUGGUGGGAACAUGGAAAGGAAGACGACUUGCUAGUAGAAGGAAAUGAAGACGAUGAUGCCAGCAGUAGCAGCGGGGAAAUGAUCACAUUGGAUACCAGCUCUCCUCCUGGGAAACUCAAAAAUGACAAGGACUAUUACACCGAAGACACCGAGACCGAUGAUGAAGGCAAUGAUCGCAACAAUCUGCUGAAACAACGACUGUCUCGUUACAGUGAUGAUGACGACGAAGACGACAAUAAUUGAUUCAUUCAAUUCAAGGUGCUCAGGUGUUGACCUAAAGUUGAUUCAGGAAAGGGAACAGGACAAAAUGGUAUUGAUUCAUGGAUGUUGAAGCGUUUAGCAUACCGGUAGCUACCAUACCGAUACCGGAAACAAAGGAAGGCCAUUCUAUUUUCAACCCGCAUUCAUUCCUUUUCCUGGUCCUGCGGUUUGACAUCAAAUAUUCUUCAGCCGGUCCAAACCAAUGCUAACUCCAAGUUACACAAUGCAUUGAUCUACAGACGUGACAUGCUGUGGUUGUCUAGCCAAUUUUGAUAGCGAUCUACUAAAUUUUCUCAUUUAACACUUUU